GGGGCAGUGCCACUCGCGAGUGACCCGGAGUCUCGCCCUCUGGGCACGUCUCCCUCCCCAGGACACGCUGGGCAUCAACCACGUGGCGCGCCACACGCUCAUCUCGGGCAUGGCGCCGCUCACCGACGCCAUGUUCGCUGUGGGCACGGCGGGCGGGCUGAGGAUGGUGGCGCGGGAGCUGCGCUCGCUGGGCUUCAUGGAGCGCUCCUUCCCCCUGGAGAUGGAGCGCCGCGGCUUCGGCGCCGACGGCCUCCACGACUUCUACUACCGCGACGACGCGGCCCGACUCUGGGACGCGCUGGGAGCGUACGCGGCCGCCUUCGUCGGGCGCGCGUACCGGGACGACGCCGCGGUCACGGCCGACUCCGCCCUGCAGGAUUUUGCAGAGGCCGUGGUGGAUCCGGACCGUGGCAACGUGCUGGGAUUCCCGGCUGCCCUCUGCACCAGAGAGCUGCUGACGGAGUGCCUCACCACCAUCAUCUUCACGGCCAGCGUGCAGCACUCGGCUCUCAACUACCCGCAGUGGGACUUCUACUCCUACGUGCCCAUGCGGCCGGAGCAUCUCAAGAAGCUGAUGCCGGAGGGGGAGGAGGACAUCUCGGAGGAGUUCAUCACGAGCGCCCUGCCCGACGUGCGCGGUUGCCUCUUCCAGAUCCUCCUCUCUCACAUCCUCUCCGUGCCCUCGCUCACCACGCUCAGCCAGGUGGACGCGAUGUCGGCGCUGUACCCGGACGUCCACGCGGAUCUGCAGCGGCACCUGCGCCUCAUCUCCGUCUCCAUCCAGCAGCGGAACCGCCGGCUCGAGGCGGCCGGCGCAACCCCCUACCCCUACCUCGACCCCGCCAAGGUCGCCGCCAGCAUUGACAUCUGACCCCUCGACCUCCUGAUCUCCAGGCGGCGCCGAUUUGAAACAAGGACACGCGGCCCCGCUUCCAGGAGGAGGAGGAAGAGAAAUCGCGCUCACGCAUGGCUCCCGUUGUGUGGGUCACGUGGCUCACGUUGUGUGGGUCACGUGGCUCCUGUUGUGUGGGUCACGUGGCUCACGUUGUGUGGGUCACGUGGCUCACGUUACGUAGGUCACGUGGCUCACGUUGUGUGGGUCACGUGGCUCACGUUGCGUGGGUCACGUCACGUGAGUGCCGUUGUGUGGGUCACAUCACGUGGCUCCCGUUGUGUGGGUCCCGUCGCUGCGUGGGUCCCACUGUUGCGCUGUACUUGUGCGCUCCCGCAUCUACGCCCCUUGACCUCGCCAACUCGCACUGCCCGGUGUUGGUGAAGCACGGUCGGCAUAAUCCCCCACAACCGGGGGCGGUGCAAGCGGGGGCCGCUGAUCCAGCAGUGGAUUGACAAAAGCCGCGAUUAUUUUGCGCGGUAGUCGGCACGGAGAGCCGGAUAACUUCGGCCAGACUCUCCGCCGCGUCGGUCGCAACGAAAGGAAAGGUCUCGGAUUGUGAGUCACGACCUCGGAAUAUCGGGCACGGACGAAGCCCCGUGGGAAUUCUCCACUUCUCCUGUCGGUGAUCUCACGGUGACGACGCCGGCGAACAAAGAUUUAAAAAUACACCACGUGCCCUCUGACCUCGUAAAAAAAACCCGCUGGCAAAUAUCACGAAUUACAUUUUUUAAGGGGUGGGGGAGAGGUGGGGAAAUUAAUUCGCAUAAAAAAAGUUUUCCCGUAAACUCGGCUCUAUUUUUUGUAUUGUCCGCAACGCCGAUCUGUUUUUACUCACAGUCGAGAAUAAUAAGAACGGGUCCGAGGGGACGCCGAACGGAGGAGAUGGAGCGAUCAAAUCGGAUCUCGUGUGCGCGCGUAUCGGGCGGAUUGUCAACACCGCAGGAUCGCGAGAGAUGGACACGGCACGGGGGAGACCGUCAUCCAGCAGUGGAUCGACCAAGGCCGCCGAUGAUGAUGAUGAUUUUCAUGUAUGUAAGCCCCUUGCCGUGGGAACAUGGAAUUUGCAUUGCUGGGUCAGGGCCGCCAGUCCAGAUGGGUACGGCCCAUUGAGCAGGGAGACACCUCGACUGGUAGUGGGCUAACUCUGUGAUUUAGUUCACCUCCGAUUAGUACGGUUGGCUACGUACGGUGCGAAAUAAGUUCAACGGACGUACAUACCAUACGUGUACAGUGACAUUAAUAGCCAUGCUGUCCAGGAAGGCCUCGCCAGGUCUCAAGACGAAGUUUUCAGGGGGGGUUCUGUAUCGAGAAACGUCUGCGGUCACAUUAAUGCAUGUUGCUGUGUGUGACCGAACCAUGCCUAAUCAUCACCAUCAUCAGCCAUGGUCUGUCCACUGCUGGAUGAAGACCUCCCCAACACCAUCCCUCACGGACCCUGCAAUGCCGCGGUUCCACCUGACGCCUCCCCCGAUCCCACGGCUAUCUCCUCGCGGCACCACGUGCUUGCGAGACCCGCGAGUACCACAACUCGGAUCGCUGUGGUACGCACCCGGCCGCCCGCACCACCAGCCCCGGCCGCAACCUUCCACCGACCCAGAACCACCACCACCACCACCCCCCACCACCACCCACCGCUAGUGUCAUCCAUGUGUUUCGCGUCAAACAGUGCGUGGUCAUUAUUCGAAUGAAGCGAAUCACCUCCCAGUGGAGACGGCAGCCGGCGGGGCAGAGACGCUACCACGGGGGGAGGGGGGGGGACGGUGGGAGGGGAAGGUGAACACCACACUCGGACUGACCGAGUGACCGACUGACCGACCGUCCGACCGACCGACCCGUACUCAUCAAUGUCCCCCUCGCGCGCCAGUCCCGUCUGGGUCUCGCCUCGGCGGUUCUCCACUGAACGUCGCGCCGAAUCGCUCUCCCCUGGCGCCUGCACGUGCCCCACUCCGCCACGACCUGGCCCCCUCACCCCCCCCCCCCCCCCCCGUGUUGGCCCCGUGUCGCGAUGACCUCGCGGGGACCCUGGCGGCGUCUCGUGGCGUGCAGGGGGGAGGGUGCCGCCACUGGAAGUGGGGCUUGGUAGGUGAGUGGGGAGGAGGCGGCGCUUUUGUUCUCUUCGUGCGUGUGACGGCAGCGAUGAUGUUCAGGAGCUUGGUGCCAAUGUGGAGGUCUCCUGCUUCUGCUGGUCACGACGACAGGGCUUCAGCAGAGAGAGAGAGACAGAGAGAGAGAGAGACAGAGAGAGAGAGAGACAGAGAGAGAGAGCUGGUGUCGUCUCGCUGUUCCUCCUCCGUUGAAGGAGCAGGAGACCGCAGUGGGUUCACUGCACGGUCCAUCGCUUGGGUUGCAGGAUCACAAUCGCACUGCUGUGGCUUGUGCCUUUACUGUAUCUCUAUGAGUCUCUAUGUAUGGCUGUGAGUCUCUAUGUAACUCUGUGAGUCUCUAUGUAA